CAACGUUGCGAGUAAGUCUUACAACAACUUCACACUGUGCUUCCUUGGGUCCUGAGCAAUACACCUGCCCUGACAUGGUUGUGUCACACACCCAAGUCGAGGCCACCCACUGUGAGAAACACCGGUGAAAUACAAUUCUGGGAAAUGAGGGAACAUUAGCAACACUUUUUGCGUAGACUCACUUGUAGUAAACCGGAAUUACCCUUUAAGGGGCCUCAGAGCAUGCCUUCAGACCUGCCUGUUCCUUCUCCCUCACACUCGUUAAACAGUAGGACAAGUGCUCUCUGCUUGUUAUUAACGCUACAUCGGUUUUAAAGCGCGGCUAAAGCAAACAACCUGUUAGAAAAACAUGCAUGCAAAUAUAUACACUUACACGCAUGCAUAUGUACACAGUUUAGAUUUAAAGGACCACCUCUGUACUCCAGAUGUGAGUAUGGACUGUGGUGACCUGGCGGAUCAAAACAGACACUGCUGUUAAACAAGAUGUUUAAUAUCUCGAGUGCUGUUUUGCUUAGACUGUACCGUAGCUUCAACAGCCUGCUUAUUUCACAGAUGAAAAAGUCAGUUUCCUGUGAAGGCAAAGUUCAUUCUUCAGCGAUAGAAAAUCAUCCCACUCAACCAUUAUUUCAAUGGAAAUUAAAAGAAAAGGGAUGACUUCUUCAGCAUCAUGAGACGGAGUAGAUCAUAAAUAUGAGAUAUGAGUUUACAUACCCCUCAGCAUUGAGGAGGUUGGUUUAUGCCGUUUUGCCGGUUACACUCGUAGUCUUUUUGCUUCUUCACAUUACAUUUUGUUUGUACGCAUUUUGGAGAAUAAUGAAACAAACAACGCAUUGAACAUAAACGCCUUUGUGCAUGCGCUUAGGGAGUAAUUGUUAUUUUCUUUCGUUCAAAGUACUUCAAAGUACCUGUCUCCUAAAUUUUAGUUUUAUAGGGAGAGUCACUGACUGGAGAGACUGAGACUGGAGGUGAACUCUGGUUGGUUAACUUAAUCAGCUGAGUAGAAGCCGAAGAGACAGAGAGAAUGAAAGAAUGAGAGUGUAAAGAGAGUCCUCCCGACUGAACUUCAUUUUGGCUUCAUUUCUUCUUCAUCCACACAGAGAAAGUUCUAUAGCUUGCAGAUUUGGUAUCCCGUCCAUCUUUGUUUGACUCCUCCACCAACAGGGAGGCUGUCUUAUUUCCUUUUGUGGCAUUAGUUUCUCUUGUGCCUCCCAUUCCCCAGUGCUGGUAUUCAGCCAAGUCCCAGUCACAGAGUGUACUGGACAAACUCAGAAUGUGUUUACAUAGAUGUAAACAUGGAGACAUGAUUAAAGCAUGUUUCAGGUGAGGCGAGAAUACAUGUGUGUGUGUGUGUGUGUGUGUGUGUGUGUAAUGAUUGCUGGCUCUUGGAACGGAUUGUCUCAUCGCAUUCCUCACAUUUGUAGAAGCUCUGUUCCAUGCUUAGAUUUCAUAAUGUUGACUGAGCAAUACAGCAUUGCAUGCAGCAUUGUACCUCUGAAAGAGCUCUGCAGGAAUGUUGAUUUUCAUUUGCUGUUCAGUGGGUAUAUUCGCCACACAGAUUGGGGUGAGGCUGAUUGGCAUCACUUUGUGUCAAAGGGUAGAUAGAGAGGUAUACUGUAAAUGAGAGGGUGCAAGACACUCCCAUGUAAUUGCAUUUCCUCCACCCAUUUUAACUGCCCAAACUGAAUUUUUAAUAAAUCAAGCAGAUAUUAAAUGAAAAUCUGAAUAGUCAUAGUAAAUGCAAUCCCGUUUUGAUAUACUGUCCCCUUGUCUGAAGGAGAUAGGACUACAAGGAAGCACUUGCACUUUGUUAAUAAUUAUCAGCAGAGCAAAAGGUUGAAUUCCAUAUUUGACAUGCAGCUGUGGAACCUGUACAGCUGGGGCUAAUCAAAAAACAACGACCUUCAUGGUUUGUCCAUGAAACAGAAAGAUACUGAUUUCAUGGACUUUUAUCACAGCUGAACACAUUAUUACAAAUCGGUAAAAAAGUAAAGACAACAUUUUUUUCAUUUAUAGUUUUAAAAAAAGAGUUAUUAUAAAAAUGAGAUGACAUGCAUGUGUGUUUAAGACAUGAUAAUUAAAGCCACUAUGUGUAGAAUUUGAAAACAUCUAUUCUUGGCACCCCUGGUGGUCGUAUCUAAAAAGACACUGUGGCAGAAUGCAAAACACCAGCCUCUUCGUAGACUGCAUACAUUUCUACAAAGAUUGUCUUCAUUGAUGUUGAGAACAGGUUGUAUACAACCAACAUAAGGUGUCAUUUUCAGUCAGAUCUGGUUGGUUGUGCUGAAAAAAACCUAAUCGCAGGUUUGGCAAUAUGCAAACAUUAAAGUGGGGAAGUCUAUCAAUUAUCUGGACAAGCAGCUAGCAGUUGUUGUGAUGUGUUGAUUUAGUCUCACCAGCAACACCAUCACACUGUCCACUACUUUGGUCCAGACUGAAAUAUCUAAACAACCGCAUGAUGGAUUGCCAUGAAAUCUUUUAAAGACAUUCAAGUUGUGCAGAUGAUGAAUCUGUAUGACUUUCGCAUUCCCCUGACCUUUUUCUCUUGUGUCACAAUGAGGUUGACACUUGUUGUUUUUAGUGAAAUAUCUCAACAAGUAUUGCAUGGAUUACCCUGAAAUGUGGUCCACACGCUCAUGUCCUCCUCAGGAUGAAUUGUAAUAACUUUGAUGAUCUUCUGGCUUAUCAUCUAGUGCCUUCGUCAGCUCAGCUCAGAUCUGAGCAUUUCAGAAAAAAGACAUUUCACACAAUCUAACAAAUAUAGAGGGUAAAAAACCCAACAUAUUGCACCAACAACAUAAGUAAUAUCUUAUUAUGUCUUUCAUAACAGAUGAGUCUUGACAUUUUGUGGUCUUAGGACAACAAAGGCAUCUGAUGCAAUGAUGAAUGCAGGCUUUUAUUUAGAGUCAGCAGGACUUUGAUGAUGGAGUUUCACCUCAGUCCAUCCCACCUGCCAUCUUUUUCCCGCACGGAUUGAUUUUUUAGACCAAAGCGGUCUAAAGGCUGUCUUUCCUGCUCUUUCUCACACUGUUUUUCUCUGUUUCUCUCUCUUGCCUCAUUUAUCCACGUUGUGCUUUACCCUUGACUCUCACUGUCCUCUUUAUGCUCUCUUGCAUUUCCAAAUCUCUCUCUUCUCUCACACUUUGAAUUUUUGCUUUAACUAGACAUUAAUCUUUAAUGGUGUUGGGAUCUGGCCCUAGUCUAGAAGCACCCAUGCUCCUUCCUGUCAUACAACGUCUGAUGGAAACUCCCAAGAUGAAUGACUACACCUCCCAGCACAGCCAAAACUUGAUCCUGCCAAAUCCUAUCAGGUCACAUGUCACAUUCGCUGGUCGAAACUACAGACUGUGUUUUAUUUUGAGUUUUGGAUCCCGUAGUGCGAGAACGGAUAAUCUCUACGACCCGUCCUCCCACCCUUUAGUGCACACCUUGCCGGCAAAAGAGGGCAACUGAGCCCCUAAAGAGCCGAAGAUUUCCGGCCAAAGACGAGCGACGUCAAGAAAACCCCUCUGCAGCGAGGGGAUUGAGUCUGCGCUAGCUCCAAUAGCCGCGCCACCGGGACCCCUCAUCUCCCGAGGACUGAAUGAUUCCCACCAUGGGAAAAGGACCCUGCCGAACGAAGCUUCUCAAAGAGGCCUUGCUGAAGACUGGGGAGCAUGUAAGAAAUGAAGACAAAUGAUGACACGCAGAUUUAAAACUAUGAUGAAUAGACAGGACACAUGACCUCCUGAAGGUAAAGCGUGAAAUUUUUUUUAAUUUCCGCAUGCCUACGCUGCUUCUAUGUCAGUAUGUCACUAUCGGACUGCAAACAUGGGAGCAACACCCAAAUGGACCACACUCACAACCUCCACAGCUUGCCCUUGACCAAGAACUAUGGAAAAAGGCCCAUCCGGACAUUGUUUGGCUUCAGGCGGUUAUCACUGACUAACCUGCGGAGCAUCUCAAAAGUCAAAGUGGUUAGCUUUCUGAUGGGCUUGACUCUGAUGUUCCUCAUCAUGGCUUCCCACAUCCUGCCGUGGGACAGGAAAGGGCUUUUGCUCACACCCCCGCCCGAUCAGCCUGUCAGACCUGUGGUCGUCCCGACCAGCACAGCAGCAGCUGAAGUUUCUUCUGAAAAUAUUUUAAUCUACAUGAAACGGCUGGUGAAGAUCAUCAGCUCUAAACUGGAAUACACACCCAGGAAGGUGCCUGAUGAAAAGGAUGUCAUUGGAACCAACGUCCAUUUGUUUUCUGUAAUUCCUCGCCAUUUCCUGCCCGGCAUCAAGAGCCCUUGCUGGUAUGAGGAGUUCUCAGAUGAGCUCAGCACUGAUCCAUACAGGAGGAACCACUACGCCCUGCGCACAAAGCGCUUCAAGACUGUGUGUGACCGCCUGAGGACCAACUUCCACCAGCACUUACACCACCGAGGCGGCAAACUGUUUCGUCUGCGCUGCCUGCCUUUCUUCUACAUCGUUGGCCAACCGAAGUGCGGAACGACCGACUUGUUCUACAGGCUGCUGCUGCAUCCAGAGGUCAAGUUCAACACGAUAAAGGAGCCACACUGGUGGACCAGGAAACGCUUUGGUUAUAUCCAUUUCAAAGAUGGCUUCCAAGAAACGUUUCCUGUGGAAGAUUACCUGGAUCUGUUUGACUUGGCUGCCCACAACAUCCAAGAAGGAAUCAGUGGAAAUUCAUCUGGAGACCACCGCGCACUCAUAACAGGUGAAGCCAGUGCAUCCACUAUGUGGGACAACGAAGCCUGGAGCUACCUUCCCAGAGACGGGGAGGAGACAGAGCCUCAGUUUCUGGCCGAGGACUUCAUCCACACAGUCCAGCCCGGUGCCAAAAUCAUCAUCCUGCUAAGAGAUCCAGUAGAGAGACUUUAUUCUGACUACCUGUACUUUAAGAUGGCCAACAAGUCAACAGAGGAUUUCCAUCAGAAGGUCGUAGAAUCUGUACAGUUGUUUCAGUCCUGCCUGGCUGAGAGGUCACUUCGAUCCUGCGCCUACAACACCAGCCUCUCCAACGCCAUGCCGGUGAGGCUAAAUUUGGGGAUGUACGUCGUCUUCUUGAUGGACUGGCUGACAGUUUUCCAUAGCAAGCAGAUUCUAGUUUUUCGACUCGAGGACUAUGCAGCCAACUUUAAAGUGACAAUCAAGAAAGUUUUUGAUUUUCUCGGACUAAGUCCUCUGUCGGAGCAGGUGGAGGCAGCACUGUACAAACAGCCCAAAUCCAACACCCGGCGGAUGGCAGACAGGAACCUGGGUCAUAUGCUUCCGGCCACCAGUGACCUCCUCAGGGAAUUUCACCAACCCUUCAACCAUAAACUGGCCAGUGUGUUGGACAACAAGGCCUUUCACUGGAGUAACACCUGAAGGGGCAUGAGCAUGCACGAGAAUGUGGAUGGCUGUGAAUGAACAACCAGAGCAAGAAGCUAAAGCAGGAAUGCCAUAGAUAGAAAAUAAUGUACAGUGACAGAACUGAUACACAGGUGUGCAGGUGUUUAUGGGGUUAUAUGAAGGUCUGAAUAAGUAUGGGUUUUGCUCUUGAAAGAAUGUGAGUGACUCAUCGAGUCAAGAUGAUAAUAAGAAAAAUAAGCUGAAUUUGUGUUUUAAUUUGAUGCUUUUACAGUGUUGAAAAGCCAUUUAAUCACCACUGAUUAAAAGUCCACAAAAUGCAACACAAAUGUAUUAAGUUUGCGGUUAAUUUAUGGCUCAAAAGGCUGGUUGAAUAUCAUGUGGUCAUGGUGCUGUGAUUUGAUUUAGGCUUUUAUAUAAAGAAACAUCCCCUUUCCUCAGUCAACAGUCCGCGUGUGAAAGGGACACAUAUUGGAAUGACUUCACAGCAUAGGUUUGGGCACAAAGUGGGUCGUCAACGAACAUUUUGAAAGUCAAGAUAUUUCAAUACCAGCAGUUGAAGUGUUUAAACCUCUUCAGCCUCACUGACCCAAUAAUGUAGUCAUCAUGUUCAUGUUCUGGGAUUAGUCACAAGAGGGCACUAAAACACAAUAUUGCAGUCGCUCAAUGUCCAAACACUCCAAAGAACUGCUGUGACACAAUACAUGUCAUUACAGCCAUGGCUGUUUAAGCUUCCACAUACAGAAUAAUUUGCUUUGUUAGUUAUGGGGAUUUCAUAUACAGUAUUAGCAGCUAAUGUACAUAUACCAUCAUGUAUGUAUGGUACAUUAAAAAACCUUUAAAAAAACAAAUACAGUGGAACUAAACCAGAAGGAUGGAGUCCUGGGGUGAUUUAAUAGCAUGGGCAAUCAACGCUGCAAUCAAAUUCCUCCAGGUGAUCAAAAAUAAUUAUAUAAUUAGAUGUAUUUGUAAUCAUUUUUCAUCAUAUUUACAUCGAAAAUCACAAUACAAAAAUAAUAUUUGCAAAAGCACCCACAGAAAUGUACCUAUAUAACGUAGGCACACCAUUAGCCUUUAUCUGAUGAAAUAUCAUAGUUGUGCUAAAUACAGACGGAAUGGCGUGUGUCAUGCGUAUUCAAGCAUUGCUUCUCAUCGCUAUAGAAAUAGUAAUUAGCUUGUGAAUUGUGAAUAAUAUUUGUUCAUCCACUACCGUUAUGCGAUUAUUACAGCAGGUGGCACCAAUUAUCCAGUCAGAAAACCACCACGGCAGAAGAAGAGGUUGCAACAAGAUGACGUAAUUCCAAGAGCGCCAGUCGGACCUCAAACUCGAAUUUUGAAAAACAAUGUAGAAAUCUCGAUGUAAACAUGACAUAUCUGUUUGUUUCGUGGAUUAGCCUAAUGUUAGGAAGGUUACAACAUAUCUGUGUGGGGUGAUAAGGAGACCGUUUUAAUCUGCCGCUAUUUUCAGACUCCAGGUAAGUCACGUGAUUUAUGCACGUCAUCAUUUAUUCUGUUUCCAUUGCACUUUGUUGCAACUUUUUCACCUCAGCCAAGCAUAAGAACUUUAUAGCGAUACUUCAAAUGGCUUUUUUUUAAUUUUCGGCGUUUCCACUCAGUUUGUUUAUGCACAAAUUGAAAAUGCGCAUAAAAACAGGCAGAUGGGAACUUCUUGUGAAAAGUAGUAGGCCCACCGUAAAAAAACGACUAUUUUGUCUCCAACUUAUUGCCUGUGAGCACUCUUUUUCUGUCAUGGAAAACCAACAUUGUGUUUUAUAUAAUGAACUGACUCAACAGUUCUUGUUUUAAAUGAUUAGUGUGUAGGAUUUGGCGGCAUGUAGUGGUAAGAUCGCAAUCAACUGAAAUAUCUCCCGUGAGCCGAGCGUGAAAGAGAACGACGGUGGCCGAUGUGAAAACGCAAAUGGCCCAAUUUAGAGUCAGCGUUUGGUUUGUCCAUUCUGGGCUAGUGCAGACAUAAUGUAAAAACAUGUAGAGGCCCAUUCUAAGGUAACGAAAAGACAAAAAAAAUCUUAUUUUCAGCUUAAGAAAAAAAGCUUUUUAAUAUUAUAUUCCGUUUCUACCAAUAGAUCCUAAUAAAAAACGCUACACACUGUACCUUUAAGGACUCAUUUACUGUAUGACAUAACAUCAGAGCUUUGCUUCCUUAAACUGAUACUUAACAUGGAACCACUUUUCUGUCAUUAUCAUCAUCAUUAUCGUGUCAACCCUGUAUCUGAACCUUGCACGCUUGAUGGGUUGACGGCAGAUUAAAGGUGACAUUUUCCCACAUGCACUUAUAGAGGAAUUCAAAGAUAAGAUACUAAGCAAGGCUCAGUGAGCACAGAAUUGCCAUUUUUAGCUCUUUGAUUAUGUGCAUUUACAAUGCGAUUGGUCUCACGGAUGACGACAGAGUUCGGCUGAAGAGACAAAGGUAGUCAGGCUUGGCAGAUUGCCCUCUUCAUGUGAUAUUGAUGGCAAUCCUCUCCAUGAUUGUCAAAGGCAGAAGAAACAGAUGAGGUGUCUUUUGACAUACCUUCAUUUUUUCAAGGACAUAAGACAUUGGAUUGUGUGUGUGUGUGUGUGUGUGUGUGUGUGUGUGGAUGUAUUUUAGGAGCUAUAAUGAAGUGAGGGUCAACUGACCACCCAUUGUUUCGCUUCACACCCAGUUUCACAGUUUCAACUCAUUCACACCUGAGAGCUGACAUGAAAAAAGAGCAUCAUCAUCAUCAUCAUCAUCAUGUACUGUCCACUGAGCAGCUUCACUAAAGCAGUCUGGUGUUCCGUGCCUUGCUCGAGGGCACAUUAAAGUCGGUUACCUAGAGUAAGGUGUGUAUUUGUCAUCACUUCAAAAUGGAAAAUAAUUCCACACGGACAGCUAGGAUUAAACAAAUUUAGUGUCCAAAACAAACAAUGUUUUCAUCUACUGGAAAAUGCUACAUCAUACGAUCUCGGUCAUGUCACAGUAGGAAAGGCGCAGAUCUGAAUAAUAAAAUGAAUGGCUGAAUUUUAGUUUCAGGUUCCUGGCAUUGUUUAUGAUUAUGAUUUUUUUGUUUUGUUUUGUUGAUUCACACUAAUCCUUUGUCUAAAAUAUCUUCCUUCUUGGUUUUGUUUGGCUCUUCUCUGCAGCUCAUCUGUGAAGGCCUGAGGUAAAUUUGGCAUGUUGGGGAGGGAAAGAGGCAAUUGAAGUUUUGGAGCAUCCUCGAAUCAUUGAUUAGUGAAUCAAUGGAGAACACAAUGAAUAAAUAUCACUUGCCUACCUAGCAGCAGAAGCUCACAGCUACUGAAGGAGACAGAGGCGUAAUGGAAUACUGAUUGUUGUAUAGGCCUAUAAGCUUUAAUCACAUUUUAAAGUAUUUUUUGUUUGUCGUUUGAAUUUAAUGCUACAGCCAGCUGCUGGUUAGCUUAGUUUAGCUUAGCUUAGCAUACUGGGAGCAGGGGGAAAUGGCUAGGAUUGAUGUCGCCACUGUUAGGUUGCUAUAACCAACUAAGUCAGUGGAAUUUCUGUAAGUUCCAUUACUUGUUGUUUUUACACUUGACUUUUUGAACAAUGGCAUUUUUUUGGUAAAUGAUGUGUAUGCCCAGUCAGCAUUACAUUUUCUUCAAAAAGUCUUGCCUAUUGUCUACUGAUGGUUGAAUCGUGUUUUUUUUUGUUGCUCUUUGACCCCAACUGUUUAGUUUAUAUAUAUGUAUAGAAAAAUAGUAAAAACAACAACAUUUCUGGCAGAGAUACUUGUGAAUGUGGUUAAGCUGUUGUUUCAGAAUAACGGACACUCUGUUUGUUGUGUAUGCAGUAAACAUUUUCAGGCAGGAUUGAACUGAUGGGGGAGUGAAAGGUUUAUCUCUGAAGCUGUUUUCACUCUUCAUUUUAUUUUCAUGCCAACUUUUAUUUAUUUCAAAAGUUUCUUCUCACUAGUUCACUGAGGAAACACUAUCAAAGUUUCAUAAAAUGAGACUGGCCUUUGGGUUUCAACAGAGCAGCAGACAGUAACAGUAAUAACAAGGAAACAAUCUAUGUGAAAAGCUUUAUAAUUGGCUAAAAGCAUAUGUGCUUUUACCAAUAAUAAAAACUUUACAAGAGUUGUCAGGGCUUCCCAAGUUCAUCCUUCAGGUCUACAUCAGCGCGUGAAAAACAACCCACUUAUCAGCAGACGUUUCCAUCCCAACCACAAAUGUCUGCACUUGACUAAAAUAUCUUUUGUACAGAACAGGUAGUAGGAACAAAACAUGCUGUUGUCCAUUUACCCUUUGCACCUCAAUGUUCCGUUAGUUUUGUGUGUGUUCUUCACUGUCCUCUGCUUAACUGUUUGUUCUUCAAUGAAAUUUGUAAGUAACAAAGUUUAAAAAGUCCACUAGUUGCUGUUGGCUGGUACAGAGUUACAGCUUGUCUUCGGUCAGCAGGAGAAAAAUGGCAUCGCUGGUGACAAUGAUAGGAAAAUAGCAGGUGAUUAAAAACAACCAUAUUGACAUUGUGUUAAAAAAGGUAGCUUGAGGCGAGCACAUUAAACAUCCUGUAUCAAGCAUCUAUUUAGUUGUCAGCUGUACUGAGAACAGCAAAUUGCAGACAUCUGGCACUAUGAUUCAGAGAGUAC